UACCGCCAUCUUGGAAUCAAGACUUGGAAGUCGUAACCAAAAUCACAAGAUGAAGGCCGUGUUGUUAACGGGGGUUAGCUUUAUCCUGACAUCAAUUGUCGUAGGAAAUGCAUAUUAUCAAAAGAAGCAGUUUUAUCCGUCGGUUGUGUAUAUAACGAAGUCUAACCCGAGUAUGGCCAUGCUGUAUAUACAAGCUUUUGUUGGAGUCAUUUUAAUGGGAAAAUUAAUGAGGAAAAUUUUCUUCGGGCAACUGCGUGCUGCAGAAUUGGAGCAUUUGAUCGAAAGAUCUUGGUAUGCAGUGACAGAGACCUGCCUGGCCUUCACAGUGUUUCGAGAUGAUUUCAGUCCAAGAUUUGUAGCUUUGUUUACCCUUUUGUUAUUCUUGAAAUGCUUCCACUGGCUGGCAGAGGACAGGGUGGACUAUAUGGAGCGGAGUCCAGUGAUUUCUGUGAAAUUUCAUGCUCGAGUUUCAUCUCUGCUUGCCCUGUUGGCAAUGUUGGACCUGUAUUUCAUCAAUGAUGCCUACUACAGCACUCUCACUAAGGGAGCCUCAGUACAGCUAGUAUUUGGGUUUGAGUAUGCAGUCUUGUUGACAGUGGUGUGGAUGACCUUGAUGAAAUACCUACUUCACUCCAUUGACCUUCAGAAUGAGAACCCUUGGGAAAACAAAGCUGUAUACCUUUUAUACACAGAACUUAUUAUAGGUUUUAUAAAGGUUGUGUUGUACAUAGUGUUUAUGGCCAUUAUGAUAAAGGUUCACACAUUCCCGUUGUUUGCCAUCCGUCCUAUGUAUUUGUCUUUGAGAGGCUUUAAGAAGGCACUUCAUGAUGUGAUCAUGUCCCGACGUGCUAUACAGAACAUGAACACAUUGUACCCAGAUGCUACCGCAGAGGAGCUCCAGGCUGGGGACAAUGUUUGUAUCAUUUGUCGUGAGGAUAUGCUGGCCACUUGUAAGAAACUUCCCUGUAACCACAUCUUCCAUACAAGUUGUCUGCGUUCCUGGUUCCAGCGCCAACAGACCUGUCCUACAUGCAGAAUGGAUGUAUUAAGGAUGAACCGCCCAGAGCUGGCCACACCCCAGCAACAGCCUCAACAGCCACAACAACAGCCGCAACAGCCACAAGUACCACAGAUGCCACAAAUGCCACAAAACUUAUUCCAGGGAUUUCCUGGUAUGCCGCCAAUGUGGCCAAACAUGCCACAACAGCCACAAGCAGCCCCAAGUACCACAGGUGCUAGUUCUACAACAACAACCCCAGCAGCCACGCCCACGACUUCUGCAGGCACACACACAGUGGGCUCAACCUCCACACAACCAACACCCACCACCACUCCUACCUCUGCGGUUCCUCCAAUAGUGCCACCCAUGCUGCCAUUUAUGAUGCCGUAUGGUAACUAUGCCAUGCCGAGGCCCCCUAGAAACCUGACAGGUCUGUCUGUGGAGGAACUGAAGGCGAUGGAGGGACAACAACGGGAGAAUGUAGAAGCCAGACUUCAAUGGUUACAAGACAUACAGGCCCUGCUGGACGGGGCUAUGGUGCUCAUACAACAGUACAAUGCUGUAGCCACACAGACAGGGAUAGCAGAAAUCAGUACAGCAAGUUUUCCAUUAUCACAAAACAAAUCUGAUAUAAAGAAAGAAAAGGAAGCUGAUACUGAGAAAAAAGGGUUAGACCCCCAUUCCACAGAUAAAACCAAUACAGAGGAUCAAAAAUUAGAUUUUACAGGUCUGGAAGGAGCAACAGGUUUCUCGCCAGCAAAAGAGGAAACGAUUCCAUCAUGGGAAGACCCUCACGAAGAGGAACACAAUGAUGAGAUGCACGAAGUACGGAAACGCAGGCUUCAAAAGUUUACUCAAGAAAAUCCUUCUAGUGUGAAAAUGGAACACAAAUCACAGGACUGAGCAAGCUGCUUAUCACAGACAUUCAGCAACGGUGUGUUUUUGGCUCCUAGUCAACAGAGUGCCGCAUUCCUUGGAACAGAUGAUGUUGUAUGUGUGUGUUCGGUAUCUAAGGUAUCUGAAAGUGUUAGAUACCUGAGGUAUCAUAAAGAGUGAUAGUUAUAUAUGUACCUGUAUCCGGAGUGUUAAUGUGGUUUAUCAGAGAAUUUUAGUUAUACACGUAUCUGAAAGAGUGCCUGCUACUCGGGAGAAUGAUGCCUGCUAGGUACUGGACCUCAGAGCGUGUGCAAUAAACAGAAUGAUUUACAGUACCUCUUGGGGACAUAAAAUGGUGAUAAUGGAAUCACAACGAUGAUGCCAAAUGACAAUUUUCGAAAAGAAUAAUCAUGUGGGUCACAUAUUGAGGUUGUAGCCCACAUGUUUACCUAGUAGGUAAUUUGAAUUGCUUGAACUGACUUACCCAUCCCAUAAAUGCUAUUCCUUGGGAUUGUUAUACACAUUCAGCAUUUUACCAUUGUUAUGCAUUUUUUCUCAUUAUUCAAUAUUUGGAUGCAUAAAAUAAGUGGAAUGUUAAUACAAUCAUUUUAAUUGGGCUUCACAGUUUUAAUAAAAAGAAAGGUGGUAGGGUAUUUUAAAUUCAGAUUAGAUAGGUUUGUGUUUUUUCUGAUAUUAAGUUACAUGCUAGUGUUAAUUUUGAUUAAUUACUAGUUGGUUUUCCAACUCGUUGCAUUGCUUAAUAAAUCACAUAUAUGUGUGGUUGUUUAGGCGGCUUUGAUUAAUCAUCAUGUAACGGUUUUAAGAAAGCUACACAAAUUUACCUCCAUUGUACUUCCAUCUCAUAUAUAGUAAAAAUAACAGGUCAGUAUUCACACCAGACUUUAGAAAUUAAUUAAAAUAUUUUGUUCACUGUGAUGUUACUAGAUGUUAGCAAACUUAUUUCUAGUACAUUAUACACAAUCGUUACAUGUGAUCAUUUUUCAACAAUUGCAAAACAAAUCAAUUACUCAUAUUGGCUCUUACGGAAGUGUGCUAGUGGUCUUGCAGUGUGAUAGAAAGCAGAAGUAUCCGGAGAAAAAUCAUGUUGUUCGGCCCAGGUUACCCCAAUACAUUUUCAUUUUCGAUUGGGGGCAAACCCCAGCUGUCUAGAUGAAAGGCAAGUGUGUCAUAUAACGGUCCUGUAAUAAGCCUGUACCUCUACUUGGAUUAAGAAAGUAUGUGUUGACCAUUUUUGGCUAAGAGUGAGUUCAGAACAUCAUUCAUUAUUUUAAAAAUACAUAUGCUUUGGAGAUGAAGUUUGUAAGUGUUUAUGAAGUCAAUUCAUUGCAGGAAGUUGACAAAUGUUUUAUUACUUUAAGAGUAAAAGGUAAAACAUGCAACAUGAUACAGAAUUGAAACAUGCAACAUAAUAUGCUAUAAUAAAUCAUUACAACUUAUAAAGACAUAACAAUCCAUUUUACUAAACAUUUAUAAAAUAUAUAAUAAGUCUGUCAUUGUGGUUUACAAUGUGGUGUCAUCAUGUGGUUAUGCACAAAUAAAUGCAAAUCAACGUAGUACCAUUUUAUUUAUUUAUUUAUGUUGGUGUGUAUUUGCUUCCCAAUUUGAGAAAUAGAGAAUUUUUGUAGUU